AUGAAUGUUCUCAUGGUGGAUUCUUCAAAAUAUCAGGUGAGUGGUUUAAGGUCUCAAUGUGUGGUGAAUGUGGAUUUGAAAACAUGCUCAUGCAGAAAGUGGGAUUUAACUGGGAUGCCGUGUAAACAUGCAGUAGCUGUAAUUUCGGACAUGUCUAGAAAUGGUAUUGGAAUUGGUAUAUCAGAAAAUUGGGUGUCUAAAGUUUACUGGUUAGAUACAUGGAAAGAAGCUUACAAGCAUGUCAUUGAACCAAUCACAGGGCCUGAUAUGUGGACUCCGUCAGAGUGUCCCACAACACUCGUUCCACCUAAACAUCAUAAGCAGGUGGAAAGGCCAAAGAAAAUGAGGAGAAAGUCUAUUGAGGAGGUUCAAGAAUCAUUUGACAAAAGGGGUAAAAUGACAAGGAAGGGGAGCACCACAACAUGUAGAAAAUGUGGGAAUAAGGGGCACAAUUGUAGAAGCUGCAAGGGUCAAGGUGAGUCUCAAGGUUGUUUAGCAGUUGCAGCACAAGAACCUGUUUCACAAAAUGCAACACAAGAUGUACCACAGGCUACUCAAGAAUGA